GUCAGAGACUGUAGUCAAUCUUUAGCCAGUCUUUUUCUUACAGAGAGCAAAGGUUUGUCUCUGUCUGAGCUGGACACACACUGUUACACAGCACUCAAGGGUAACAGAGAUCAUGUCCGGGAGACAGAUGUGUGUGGUGUGGGUCGCAGCGCUUCUGAUGAGCUCAGGUGUGAUCGCACAGCAGGUGGACAUGAGCAACACAUCCCUGACAGAGAUUCCUGAAGACACACCUACAAACAUCACCAGAUGGAUCCUGAGCAACAACUCACUUGUGAUGUCUGCCGCGGAUAUAAACACCUUACAGAAACAUCUCAGGAUUACCAUGCUAGACCUUUCUUAUAACCACAUACAGAUGCUGCCUCCUGGAGCCUUUGACAGUCUCACAAACCUUGAGAUUCUUAAACUGAGGGGAAAUAGACUGCAAACCCUUGACAAAGACAUCUUUAAAGGAGUGAGAAAUCUGAAGAGUUUGGAUCUGAAGGAGAACCCAUGGAUGUGCUCCUGCUCGCUCACGAGCCUCGUCAAAGAGCUGAACGACUCCGGCGUAUUAAUAGGGAAAGAAGUCAUUUGUUACAGUCCUCAGAAAACAGCUGUGCUUGACGGACACACUUCCUGCUCAAUUCAAGCCACAACCAUCAAAACCUCUGUGGAGACAUCUACAGCUACCACACUGAACCCCCGAUCAACCCCAACACCAGCGGCACCCAUCAAGCCCAGCAACAGCCGAGGGCUGACGGCGAGGGAUGGAGAGACACACACAGGAAGUCACAGCUGGAAGUUCCUGCUCGGCGUCGUGGCUCUCACCCUCAGCACUUCCAUCCUCAUCGUCUGUGCGGUCAAAUCUCCCUCGUGGUACAAGCUUCUGUUUAAUUACCGGCACCAGAGGCUCCGUGAGGACGUGGAGCACAGCGUCUUCAACACCGGACGCUUUUCUAACUUCAGUCUGGACACCGAGCAGACGGACACGAGCGUUCAGGAGCUGGACGAGGACCUGGACACUGGACUGAGCUUGCAGCCAUUUCAGGAGGAUGAUGAUGGCUUUAUAGAGGACGGCUACAUUGAGCCGGGAAACUACAGAGAACACGCGGAUGCGGACGAGUCAUGAGAGAGAUCUGAGCAGGAGGAGGACAGACGGGUGCAAGAGUGAAGCUACGAGGAUCUGUUUAUUCCAGAGUAGAGGUGCAAUACGACAGAGUCAUUAAAAUAUGAAAAUCAAAGAUCACUGAACUGCAACUGCAUGAAUCUAAGCAUGUUAAAAAGUUGUGUGCAAAUGCUGUCACUGCACAUUAUCACAACGUAAUGCAAAUGUUUUUUAUGCAUGCAAUACUUUGUCCCUAAUAUCCUUAAAAAUUCCAGGAUGUUAAUUGAUUGUAUUUAGUUUCUCUGCGACAUGUAAAAUCAUUUAAAAAGAAGCUCUGGCACAAUUGAGCUGAAAAGCAGUCGUACUCGUGUGGAGAUGGAGAAACUGCUGCCCUCUUGUGCACAAACUCUGACCAACCUUUACUUGUGAGGAAACGACAGCACUUACUCUCUUCUCUCGGUGAAUAUCACGUCCAUACUCUGAGCUUCUCUGUCAUUCUGCGCUUUCAGCUAAUGAGACAAACACACAAUAAACUGAUUAGGAACAUGAGAAGAGCAAAGAGGAAGAUGCUGCUGUGUAAAUGAUGUCGUCUCACCAUGAUGAUGUCAUUCAUCACUUCAUCCAUCUCAGUGUUUGUGUUCAGCUUGUCAACCAGCUGUAAUUAAAGGAUCAGAUCAUUUAAAUAAUUAUAUUAUGCAUCACAGAAUCUAAAACCUGGAUUUAAAAUAAAGAGACUUGCAGCACUGA